UGCCGCGCGGUGCUGUCGCACGGAUUUUUCACGCGGAGUGCAACGCGAAGGUUUACAUCAAAAGGAUUGUGCACGGGAGUUCCGGCUCGCCGGCAUCGUCCUCGGGAAACGGAUACGACUACGAUCGCGAGGUAAUAGCGGCCGGUUCAAAAAUUACUUGAUGCGCUGAGGAUGCGCCGUGAUUUCUGCAACGGUGGGCUUGCCUGCGCCGUUGUGUGGGUGUCAACUUGUCUGCUGCUUGUCCUUUCGCUGUCGACAUCGACCAUCGCCGAGCCAUUGCUGAAAGUCGCCGGUCGAUGUCCGUCCCUCGUUGAACAGAACGUGUGUCCAUCGAGAGCACCAGCCUGCGAGAAUGACUACCAAUGUCAAGGCACGGAGGAACGUUGCUGCAAGACUGCGUGUGGUCUCCGCUGCGUCUCAGGCGAGUUAACUGGAUGCGAGCAGUUGGAGUUGGCGGCUGUGAGGAGAUCGCGGGCCCUCGGCGUUCGGGGUCCCCAACAGUUCAUUCCGCGAUGCAACAAUGAGACCGGCGAAUUCGAGAGGAUACAAUGCGAGCCGCACAGUCGCAGUUGCUGGUGCGUCGACGAGAUCGGCGCCGAGAUCCCCGGCACCAGGGCGCCCAGCAAGAGUGUCGUCGACUGCGACCAACCUCAUAGUUGUCCAGCUCACAGCUGUCGGAUGCUCUGUCCUUUGGGAUUCGAAAUCAAUGAGGUCACCGGUUGUCCCAAAUGUGAGUGCAGGGAUCCCUGUCGCGGCGUUACCUGUCCAGGAAUUGGACAAACAUGCGAAUUAAUCACUGUGAAUUGUAUUCGAGAACCAUGUCCUCCAGUACCCAGCUGUCGGAAGACCAGGUCCUUAUCGACAAUUUGUCCGGCAGGCGAACCUUUGCAGAUCACUGAUUCACCGCGGCCGUUUCUUUGCGGCGACACUCCAGGUAAACCAACUUGUCCGCCAAUGUACAGCUGCCUGGUGGAGUACAAACAAGAAUACGGAGUCUGCUGUCCGGCCAGCGUGAAGAUACAGCGACCCGGUACAUGUCCCGCGGAGGAAUCGAUGAUGAAUUCGUGCGGGCCCACCUGUCGCUAUGACCUCGACUGUCCCGGGCCUCAAAAGUGCUGUAACAACAAGAAUUGCGGCGGUAACGUAUGCAUGAUACCUGGGGAUCUUACCGCAUGCCAUCGCGACCGCAUGCUUGCCGAGAUACUCAGUGUCUCCGAGCGUCAGGGUCGCGGUUACAUUCCGCAGUGCAUGGAAGAUGGAAGUUUCCAAUCGAGACAAUGCUCAAGAAAUGGCCUCGUCUGCUGGUGCGUAGACGGUGACGGUAGAAAAAUAUCCGGCUCUAUGGGGCCCGCCGAAAAGAUUGAUUGUAGAUCGAUAAGCAAAGCACGUUCGCUUCCGGCAUCUUGCACGUCUCAACAAUGCGCCCAAGUUUGCCAAUACGGCUUUAAAACGGACGCUUCCGGUUGCUCGACUUGCGAAUGUGAUGAUCCAUGCGAAGGAUUUCCGUGCCCUGAAGGGCAAGAAUGUAUUUUAAAGCAGGAGAAUAGCUGUCCCGAUUUUCUAUGUCCUACAAAACCGGAAUGUAAACCCAGAAAGACCUAUAAGAGUCCUUGUACUGUCGGUGCACCGCUGAUCGAUCAAGAUGGAAAUGCCGCAACUUGUUCUACAAACGAAACUUGCCCUGACAGUUACAAAUGCACGAUGGUACAGGAAGCCGAUCAAUCGGUGUGCUGUAUGGAAACAUCCAACUCUGCAAAGGCACCCACAAUGUGCGAGUAUUUGCGAGAUUUUAACGAUCGUAUGGAGGGUACGAGGGAAGGAAUGUCCCUGGCAAUCCCAGCACCUCAGUGCGAGGAGGAUGGUGAUUACAAGUCUUUGCAAUGUUACAACAGUACCAGCUGUAAAUGCGUGAACCAUCGCGGAGUGAUCUUAAAGUCCGGCCUGGAUUCAGUCGCUUCAAUGGACUGUGAAGCCAUCAGGGAACUCACACAGAUUUGUAAGCGUUUGUACUGCAAUCUGAUCUGUCCGUACGGCUACGAAGUGGACGCAACUGGUUGUGAGCAGUGUCGUUGUCAUGAGCCAUGCCGCGAUGUCACCUGCGAUUCGCAUGAGACCUGCACGAUGAUUGACGUCAACUGUGGCCCGAACGAAUACUGUCCAGCGGUGCCGGCAUGUCUUACGACGAAACCGGGCCAGUGCCCGUACCUCGUGCCGAGCUCAUCGAGCUGCGAGCUGCAGUGCAGCAAUGAUCAGGAGUGCUCAUCCGGCGAUAAAUGUUGCUCGACCGGUUGCGGUACGCAAUGCGUGGCGCCGGUCAUGGCCACGGCUUGCCAGCAUGCUCGCGCGGUCGCCGAGCAUGCUGCCAGAGAAUCAGGCGAGCCCGCGAGAAGGACUUAUAUACCCAGGUGUGACUCCAACGGCGCGUUUGAGCCAGUGCAAUGCCACAACGGUUUGUGUUGGUGCGUAGAUGAAGAAGGCAAGGAAGCGGCGGGUACUCGGGUCCUCGAAGGAAUCGUGCCGCGUUGUAACACACCCUUGAGAUGCCCAGAAAUCGAUUGCAAGCUCGACUGUCCGGAUGGAUUUGAACUGAACGCAGACACAGGUUGCCCGACGUGCUCAUGCCGCGACCCGUGUCGCAGCGUAACUUGCCGCGGCGAGAACGAGGCGUGCCGGAUGGUAGAGGUCGCGUGUAGUGCACCACCGUGUCCCCCGGUACCAGUCUGCUUACCGAAGAAGGACAACCCGUGCCCGAAUAGUUCGCCGUUGCUCGAGCAAAACGGCUCGAUCGCCACUUGUGGACCACAUGGUCAUCAUUGCCCUUCGACGCACAAAUGCGAGCUGUCGCCAUUGGACGAAUACGCAGUGUGCUGUCCGAAACCGCGUGAGAUCUGCUUCGAGCCACCCCGAAGAAUACCAUGCAAUCCGAGCGUUGGCUUCAAUGAGACCGAGAGAUGGUUCUUUGAUCCGGAGCGCAAUGAAUGCCGGCGCAAAAACGAGUGCACCGUCGGCCACAACGACUUCUCCAGUCGACUGGUGUGCGAUACAGUAUGUCCUGUAUUGUCGCAGUGCGAGAGGUUGCGCGAGAAGAAUCUGAAGCGGUCGCAACGACUCAAGCAGCCCACUUUCCUGCCCAAGUGCAAUCCUGAUAGUGGAACGUGGGAACCGGUGCAGUGUCUGGAGCACGUUGGUGUCUGCUGGUGCGUGAAUCGUAAGGGCCAGCCAAUUAAGGGUUCGCUCACUCGAACCGCCGAGCCAAAGUGUAACUUCCGGCAAGCAAGACGCGGCGGCAGAAGACCAGAGUCGCAGGAGAUAGACCGUGAGAUUCAAGCGAUUAUGGAGGACGCUCUGCUGAACUUGGAAACGGACGAACGACAAACAGGAAAGAUUCUCGGGACUAGAUGUCAGGCGAUGAAGAACAAAGGUCACGUGCCUACGAUAUGCGAUCCACAGGGUAGAUUUGAGCCUACACAAUGCGCUGGUGAUACUUGCUGGUGCGUGGAUGAAGCUGGCAAUCAACUAAUUGGAUCUGAGCCGUUUUUGAAGGGAACUAACAUUUGCCUACCCACUCCAGUCGAAGCUGUUGAAGUGACGUUACGUUUCCCCGGUCGAUUUCUCGCCAACGACGAGAAGCGAUUCGCUCGAGAGGCCGAGAAUUUUCUGCAUGAACUAGGUGCGAGACUCCGAAAAGACAUACGAGUAGAAAUCAAUCAGGAUUCGGCAAUCUUGAGUUUCGAGAUUGUCGGCACGAACAAAGUAGACGUGGCGUUCCAUUUGGAAGAGCUCACGCGAAUUCAGAAGUUAUCCUUGCUGGGUUCGUCUGCGGAUGCGACGACUUCACGUUUUACGCAUCGCUCUGUACCUAUGGCAACGCAGAGCCGGAUUGUCACACUGGAACAACGUGAGAUCCUCACGCAAAUGGAAUCGCCGUUUUAUCAAACAGCUACGAUCGUGCUCGCAGCGAGCAGCGCCUUCAUUAUUAGUAGUCUCGUUAUUCUACUAAUGUUGUACCGCAAAAAGAUGAAGCUAAAGGAUCCCUCGAAAAUGUUUCCAAUGGAUCAACACUUCCUCGCUUAUAAUCAACAGCCGGUUUACGUGAUAUCAGGAUCGGAGCAGAAUGAGAAAGAAAAGGAAGCUGCGGCACAGCAGAAGCUAGAGAAUAUUCAUACAUCGGACACUAUUGUCGGAGCAUAAAACGAUUCGCUUUUUACAUAGAUAAUUUCCAUCUUGUACGAUAGUGAUUCUUAAAUUUCUUUUUCCAGGUGUACUCAAAUUAUAACAAUCGAUAAUUCUUUAAUUUUUAUACCUUUUUCUAUAUCUGUAACA